AUGCGCCUCUGGCACAUCAUCAUCAUUGUCAUAAUUGCGGUAAUUGAUGAAAGCGACGGUCGCCAACGGCGGCAUCAUCGAAAACGACGAUUCUCGCGGAAUUUUGACGAGUUUUAUUGUGGCGAAAGUGCCAAUUUGCAGAGCGAGUUUGAUGAAACGCGCGACUCGAAUUUCUCGCGUCCCUCGAAAAUAUUCAGCACUCAGUUCAAUUUGGCGUUGGAUAACACGAUUUGCAUCAAAUUGCAGAAUAUUGUGCACGUUUUAAAGUAUGAGCGACUCGAGCAGCAUUAUCCCAUCGAAAAUUCCUACACGUUUGCGGUGCCUUUGAUUGACACGAAUUGCAAGUGCCAUUGUACGGGCAUCGGUGGAAAUGACGUGUGCAAUGUUGAAAAAUAUUCGGAUGAUAGGAACUGCACGUCAACAUCAGAGUAUCCGACGUGCUAUACCCGAUAUCAUCCAGCAGUAGCGCCCAUAGAUUGCCCAGUUACCAGUAUACCAGCAAAAGCGUGUUGCGACAUCAAAUUGAAGCCGUUCGCCGGAAAAUAUUAUCGAGCGGUGAAAUUAUCUCAGCCGGUCAGCGAUUUGAUAAUUUCUUAUUCAAUCUACGCAAACAAUACCGGAAAAAUGGCAAAAGUGUUCGGACCCGAUGAAUAUCGGAUCAUUCUAAACAAGGGAAAAGAGCAAUUCGAGCUGAACGAGCAUCAUCGGAUCGCGGUGAGCUUGACGGCGCCGCCGCCGCACCAGCAACUCCGCGAGGGCGUCUAUUAUUUUGCCGAAGAUCGUCAAAAUGAGCUGCGCGAGGGCAAAAUCAACGAGAUCACCGAAAACGAUUUGGACAAAUUGGGAUGGUACCGAAAAACGGGGUCCGAUUGGCAUGUGGCCACCAGUGGCCUAUUAUUGCGAAAUGCUCAUAAGGUCAUUAUCAAGAAUUGCAAGGGCCAAGUGCAUUUGGACCAAUUCUCGGGCACCAAUAAUUUUGUGUUGCGCGGAACGCAUUAUAAUGACAGUUUUACUGACAAACUCGUCGCCGACAACAAUUAUGUGCGGCGGGUGAAGGUUGAUGAGCCGAAUCGAGUCGUCACCAUAUUCCAUGAGCACGGAACGACGGCAUCGAUCUAUCUGAAAACCGAUUCUCGUCCAAAUUUGACAAAAAGCCAAUCGAGUUUGUCGAACUUCACCGGCAGCAUCACAUUGGAUCACGAUGGCAAUCGAAUGCUGAAUGUCACAUUCUUUGGCGUCAAAGGCACCGUCCAUAUCAAAAUGUUCGAGAACGAUCGAAAAACUGUGGCGACAUUCGCGUGUACCGCACAAUUCGGGACCACCGUCAAAGACGACGGCAGCAGAAUCAGCCUGCCGGCGACAAUAACGCAAGCGCAAUUCGUGUGCAUUCUACCCGACGAGCAGCCGACGAAAAAGGAGAUCUGCAAAUGGAUACCGUAUGAGGAGAAGGCGAUGCGAAUACCGCGACAGGAGCACACGUGGUCCAAAGGCCAUUCGCCGUGCUCGAGCGCCGAAUGUAACGGAAUGACGCGAGGACCGAGCGAAUGGUUUCCGUGGCUUGUCGAUUUUGACUACCUGCAAUCGCACAAUCUCGGAUUCGGCGAGUGGGCCAAAAUCGGGCUUCACGUCGCUCUAAUUGCCGUCGUCACGCUUCUGCUCAUCCUUGUGCUCACCAAAUGCUUAAUACCAUUGGCGUGUUGCUCAUUGUCGAUACCAUUUUGUCGAGGCGGCAAAAAACCUUCGAAAUAUUGA